AUGUAUCGAUCAAAGGCUCCUGCCGCUUCGGAUCCUCUGGAAGCCGCGAGUACACCGUCAGUGAACAGACCGCUAGCGAUUACCCACGGCGGAAUCGAGACCACCAUCUUGACUCCGCCUUCUAAUUACUUACUCUACCAACAUUUGACCACAGGCUUCUACAAGUCCCUGCCCGACGUUACUGAAGGUUACGCCGGUGACGAUGAGCCAGCUUCCAAAGCCGAACUCCUGCUGAUGUUCUUGGGCUACAUCGUUCGCUCAGAUGUGAUUGAAUCAGAGAAGCACGACGCCAUUUCACUCGUUGUGAACGAAUUUGAUACGAGAUUUUUGUCAAAGAAAGACCUCCACUCUUUCGCUGCCGAAUGUCUUGCAUCUGAGGCCCACCCAACCACGUUGGAGAAGGUCAAGACUCACAUUUUGAAGAAUUACUAUGCCGGUAAGCUUUACCUCGACAAGGACUUUGGAUUGACUCCUGAACCAAUCCAAUCCGCCCUGUUUCAAGCUGCCAAGGCCAAAAAGGCGUCCGUUUAUAUGAUCUUCGGUGGACAGGGAAGCGCCGAAGACUACUUCGAGGAAUUGAGAGAGAUCUACGAUCUGUACAACCCACUGGUGGCUCCAUUCUUGUACACCGUGCAAUCAAAAUUGCAAUCUCUUAUAUCCUCCACCUCCGACCUCGACAGAAUUUUCACGCAUGGUUUCGAUCUUAUUAGCUGGCUUGAGAAGCCAGAACAGACUCCAAACACAGACCACCUGCUUUCGAUCCCAAUCUCGUGUCCAUUGAUCUGUGUCAUCCAGUUGUGUCACUACAUUAUUACCUGCAGAAUUUUGGGUAUCACACCUGGCCAACUCAACGAGCUGUCGAGCGGAUCGACUGGUCACUCCCAAGGUUUACCAACCGCUGUUGCUAUUGCAUCUGCUGGCUCCUGGGAGUCCUUCGAGGUCCAAGCUUUGAAAGCUGUCGAGUUCCUCUUCUACCUUGGUGUCAGAUGUCUCCAAGCUUACCCAUCUACAUCUCUGGCCCCAAGCUCUGUGAAGGAUUCCGAGGAGAACGGAGAAGGUACUCCAGGUCCUAUGCUUUCUGUUAGAGACCUCACAUACGAUCAAGUCACAAAGUUCGUGGACGAGACAAAUCAGCAUUUGCCAGAUGCCAAGAAGAUCAGCAUCUCCUUGGUCAACGGUGCCAGAAACUUGGUCGUGACUGGUCCUCCAGAAUCUCUUUACGGUCUUAACCUGAACUUGAGAAAGGCAAAGGCUCCAUCUGGAUUGGAGCAAUCCCGUAUCCCAUACAGCGAAAGAAAGCUCAAGUUCUCUUCUAGAUUCCUGCCAAUCCUCUCUCCAUUCCACUCUCACCUGCUUGCUCCAGCAUCUGACAGAAUCAAGGAGGACCUCAAGAAGAGUGGUCUCGAGUUCAAGGCUGAGGACUUGAAAAUUCCAGUUUACGAUACCUACGACGGAUCUGACCUCAGAAAUUACACCGGUUCUAUUUCCUCGAGACUUAUUGAACUUAUCACUCUCUUGGCCGUCAACUGGGAAACCGCUACCAACUUUGAGGCUACCCACAUUGUUGACUUCGGUCCUGGUGUUGGUUCUGGUUUCCUUACUCACAGAAACAAAGAAGGAACUGGUGCAAGAAUCAUCAUGGCUGGUGAAUUGAACGUUCCUGAUGAAGACUCUGAUUUUGGUUACAAGCAAGAACUCUUUGACGUGAAUUCAUCUUCGCUCAUCUACGCUCAAAACUGGGUCAAGAACUUCCAACCAAAGUUGGUCAAGACUUCCGAGGGAAAGGUCUACGUGGACACCAAGUUCUCUAGAUUGUUAGGAAAGGCUCCACUGAUGGUCCCAGGUAUGACUCCAAGUACCGUUUCUCCAGAAUUCGUUGCUGCCACUAUCGAGGCCGGAUACCAUAUCGAAAUUGCUGGCGGUGGUUACUUCAACCCAGAAAUGAUGACCAAGGCUUUGACCCAAGUUGCCGAGAACAUCACUCCAGGUUCUGGAAUCGGUAUUAAUUUAAUUUAUGUCAGCCCAAGAAUGCUCCAGUGGGGUAUUCCAUUGAUCAAGGAUCUGAGAGCCAAGGGAUUCCCUAUCCAAUCUUUGUCUAUUGGAGCUGGUGUUCCAUCUCUCGAAGUUGCUUCCGAAUACAUUGAGACUCUGGGCUUGACCCACUUGGGACUGAAGCCAGGUUCUGUUGACGCCAUCAGCCAAUGUAUCAACAUUGCUAAGGCCCACCCUAACUUCCCGAUUGUUGUGCAAUGGACUGGUGGAAGAGGUGGUGGUCACCACUCUUUCGAGGACUUCCAUCAACCAGUCUUGCAGAUGUACUCCAAGAUCAGAAGAUAUCCAAACAUCAUUCUUGUUGCAGGUUCUGGAUUCGGUUCUGCUGAGGACACUUAUCCAUACCUGACUGGUGCUUGGUCCACCAAGUUCAACUACCCACCAAUGCCUUUCGAUGGUGUUCUGUUCGGUUCCAGAGUUAUGGUUGCCAAGGAGUGUAAGACCUCCCCAGACGCCAAGAAAGCCAUUGCUGCCUGCGCCGGUGUUCCUGACUCCAAAUGGGAGCAGACAUACAAGAAACCAGCUGGAGGUAUCUUGACUGUCAAGUCCGAGAUGGGUGAACCAAUCCACAAGAUUGCUACCAGAGCAGUUAUCUUCUGGAAGGAGAUGGACGACACUGUGUUCUCUCUUCCAAAAGCAAAGAUGCUUGAUGCUUUGGAGAAGAAGCGUGACUACAUCAUCAAGAAGCUCAACGCCGACUUCCAAAAGCCAUGGUUUGGAAAGAACGAAGACGGUGUUUGCGACAUUCAAGACAUGACUUACGAACAAGUUGCCAAGAGAUGUGUUGAGCUCAUGUACGUCAGAAAGUCCAAGAGAUGGAUCGACUUCACUCUGAGAAACUUUGUUGGAAAGUUCUUGAGAAGAGUUGAGGAACGUUUCUCUGCUAGCGAGACCAACUCUUUGAUCCAGAGCUUCAGCUUGCUGGAGACUCCAGAUCCAGUGUUGGAGACCGUUUUCAACGCUUACCCAGAAGCUAAGGUUCAACUGAUCAAUGCUGAGGAUUGCGACUAUUUCCUUGCUAUGUGCUCCAACCCAGGCCAAAAGCCAGUUCCUUUCGUUCCAAUUCUCGAUGAGAGAUUCGAAGUCUUCUUCAAGAAGGAUUCUUUGUGGCAAUCCGAAGACCUCGAAGCUGUUGUUGACGAGGACGUCCAAAGAACAUGUAUCUUGCACGGUCCUGUUGCUGCUCAAUUCACCAACAAGGUCGAUGAACCAAUCAAGGAGAUUCUUGACAAUGUCCAUGAAGGACACAUUGAGAGACUUUUGAAGGACGUCUAUGGUGGAGAUGCCUCCAAGAUCCCAGUUGUCGAGUACUUCACUGGCAAGAGCCAUGCUGAGUUGGACUCGAUCCCAGGUGUUGAAGUUACUAAGUCUGCUGACUCCGUCGAGUACGCUAUUGGUUCCACUUUGCCUGACACUGAGGCUUGGUUCGAGCUUUUAGCCGGUUCUGAAUUGAACUGGAGACACGCCUUCAUCUCUGCUGACAGAUCUGUUCAAGGUUACAACUUUGUUGAGAACCCUGUCAAGAAGGUGUUGGCUCCUUCUGAGCAUUACAAGGUCAGAGUCUUCCAUCCAGAUACCCCAUCUAAGACCGUCAUUUCCCUGUUUGGUCAAAUCAAGGGUAAGGAAAAGGAGAUUGUCAGAAUCUCUGCUGCCGACUCUCUGAUCAAGAUGGAAUUGAUUGAACACAGAACCGCUGAUGGCACCCCAGUUGCUUUGGAGUUGCUCUACACCUACAAGAAAUCUGACGGUUUCGCUCCUAUCCAGGAAGUUACCAAGGGUAGAAACAAUAGAAUCAAGGAGUUCUACUGGAAGGUGUGGUUCGGUUCCAAGGUUCCUGUUGACCUUGACUUCGACGUUAGCUCUAAAAUCGAUGGUGGUUUGACCAAGAUCACUCCGCUCUCUAUUGCAGAGCUCACUCAUGCUGUCGGUAACUCUUGUGAAUUCUUCGUUCCAAGAGUUGGAAGAGACCAAUUGGCCCCAAUGGAUUUCGCCAUUGUUGUUGGUUGGAGAGCCAUCAUGAAGGCUAUCUUCCCUAAAACUGUUGAUGGAGACAUUCUUAAGUUGGUUCACUUGUCCAACGCUUACAGUAUGAAGCCAGGUGCUGAAUUGCUCAAGGCUGGUGAUGAGGUUUCUUCCGAUGCUGAAAUUGUUUCUGUUGUCAACGGUCCUACCGGUAAGACUGUCCAGGUUGUUGGUACCAUCUACAGAGCUGGCAAGGCCAUCAUGGAGGUGACCUCCGCUUUCUUCUACAGAGGUUCUUACACCGACUUCGAAAACACUUUCGAGAAGAUUACCGAGACUCCAAUGGAGGUUCGUCUUGAGAGCGACAAGGACGUUGCUGUUCUGCAAUCGAAGGAGUGGUUCCACCUUGGCUCCGAGCCAAUUGACCUCUUGGGUAAGACUUUGACUUUCAGAUGCAAGUCUGUCUACUACUUCAAGAACCAAAAUGUCUACUCUUCUGUUAAGACCACUGGUGCGGUUUACUACGAGAUGCCAUCUAAGGAGAUCAAGCAAGUUGCUGAGAUCUCUUACAGAGCCGGUGUUUCUCACGGAAACCCUGUUGUCGACUACUUGAGCAGAAACGGUAGCCCAAUCGAGCAACCUGUCCAGCUUCCUAACCCUGUUCCAUUGUCUGGAGCAUUGGUUACCAAAGCACCAGGUUCUAACGAGAUUUACGCCGCUGUUUCUGGUGACUUCAACCCUAUCCACGUUUCUAAGGUGUUUGCUUCCUACGCUAACUUGCCUGGUACCAUCACCCACGGUAUGUUCUCCUCUGCCUCAGUCAGAUCUUUGGUUGAGAUGUACGCUGCCAACGGUGUUGCUUCUAGAAUGAGAGCUUACAAGGCCAACUUUGUCGGUAUGGUUCUUCCUAACGAUGAGUUGACCACUCAGCUCGAGCACGUUGCUAUGAUCAACGGUAGAAAGAUCAUCAAGAUCGAGACUAGAAAGGUUGAGACCGAUGAAGUCGUCUUGACUGGAGAGGCCGAGAUCGACCAACCAGUUUCUACCUUUGUGUUCACUGGUCAAGGUUCCCAGGAACAAGGUAUGGGUAUGGAUCUGUACAACUCCUCUGAGGUUGCCAAGGAGGUGUGGGACAGAGCCGACCAGCACUUCAUCAACAACUACGGUUUCUCUAUUUUGGACAUCGUGAAGAACAACCCUAACGAGUUGACCGUCUACUUUGGAGGUCCAAAGGGUAGAGCCAUUAGAGAGAACUACAUUACCAUGAUGUUUGAAACUAUUGACGAAGAUGGAAAACUCAGAUCUGAAAAGAUCUUUAAGGAUAUCGACGAGAACACUACCACCUUCACCUUCAGAUCGCCAACUGGAUUGCUUUCAGCCACCCAAUUCACACAGCCAGCCCUUACUCUUAUGGAGAAGGCUACAUUUGAAGACAUGAAGUCCAAGGGACUUGUUCCUAGCGAGUCUAUGUUCGCCGGACACUCUCUUGGUGAGUAUUCUGCCCUUUCUUCCUUGGCCGAUGUUAUGCCUAUCGAGUCCUUGGUUGACGUUGUUUUCUACAGAGGUAUGACCAUGCAGGUGGCCGUUCCUAGAGACGCCUUGGGCAGAUCGAACUAUGGUAUGUGUGCCGUUAACCCAUCCAGAAUUUCAGCUACUUUCAACGACUCUGCCCUGAGAUUCGUUGUUGAGCACAUCAGCAAACAGACCGGCUGGUUGUUGGAGAUUGUCAACUUCAACGUGGAGAACCAGCAAUACGUUGCCGCUGGUGACUUGAGAGCUCUUGACUCUUUGACCAACACAUUGAAUGUGUUUAAGGUGCAAAAGAUCGACAUUGUCAAAUUGCAGGAGAUGAUGUCGCUCGAGAAGGUUGCCGAGCAUUUGAGUGAGAUUGUGGACGAGGUCUCCAAGAAGUCCUUGGCCAAGCCACAGCCUAUCGACUUGGAGAGAGGAUUCGCAUGUAUUCCAUUGAAGGGAAUCUCUGUUCCUUUCCACUCUUCUUAUCUGAGAUCUGGUGUUAAGCCUUUCCAGAGAUUCUUGGUGAAGAAGAUUCCAAAGUCUGCUGUUAAGCCAGCCAGCUUGAUUGGCAAGUACAUCCCUAACUUGACCGCCAAGCCGUUCGAGUUGACCAAGGAGUACUUUGAGGAUGUUUACAAGCUCACUGGCUCUGAGAAGAUCAAGGCCAUUUUGGACAACUGGGAGCAUUACGAGUCCGCAUAA